ACUACAUGAAAAUAUCUGCCUGAGAAACUACCACAAAAGUGCGUUAGAGGGAGGAAACAAGCAAAGACGAAGCAAAAUUCAACAUUUUGUCAAACUGCCAAGAGCCAAAAAAACUUUAUUGAAGACUCAAUAAUAUUCAAAUAUCGAAGAAAAACCUUCUGCUGAAAACAUCAACAUGGAUCCACAAACUAUCCUCUGUGACAUGUGUAUAGAAAACAGGAAAGCAGCAAAGAAGACGUGCAUGAAGUGUGAGAUCUCCAUGUGUGUCCAGCACCUCCAGGCCCACCUGACCACACCUGUGUUACUGCAGACUCAUCCUCUGACUGAACCCAUGGAUUUAUGUGGGAACACCAAAUGUUCUCAGCACGGCAAGCUCCUGGAGUACUACUGCUUGGACGACAUGACCUGUGUGUGUGUUUCCUGCGCCAUUGAGGACCAGCACCGCCUACACAAUAUGAAGACCUUCUCCACAGCCCACAAAGAGCUCCUGGAGAAGCUGAAAGCUGAGCAGCUGAUCUUACAGGAGAAAACAGACGAUGAGAAUGUGAGUCUGGAAAAGUGGGAGAAGAGUGAAAGAGAGAAGCUGGGUGGCUGCAGUGUGCGUCUGAUUGAGGCUGUGACUAACCUGCGUGACAUCACUCUGACCAGCGUCCAGAGCUCAGUCUCUGCUCGUAUGGUGUCCCUGAAAACCAGCAAGAGCAGCAUGGAAGCAGCACAGAAGGAGAAGGACACCUUCAGAUUCCUGCAGAUGUAUUCUCAGGUGCAUCAGGAUGUGGAGAAGGCCAAGACUGUGGAUCUGAGAAAAGGGCUGGAGCCGGGCAGCCAUCGGGACAAACUGGUUGAGGAGAUAAGACAGAAUGGGGAGAAGAUGGUGAAGCAAGCGUUUCAGUUCUGGGGAUCAUUGCUGACUCUGGUUGAUCCUGAACACCACCAGGAGCUUGUUCCCACUGGUUCAGACCUGAUCUUUGAGCCACAGUCUCUGGGUCCUGGCAUGUCGCUGUCCACUGACAACAGGAGGGUUUUCCACAGUCAAUGGAUGAAGUUUUGUUCUUCCCACUUGUUUUUGAUUAAGAAUACAAUUCCUAUUUCUGACUUUAAGAGAUGGGUGAUCAGCAUUUCCAAAGACUGUGACUGGACCAUCGGUUUAUGUGACGACACUUAUGCAGCCAGUAUGAAGGAUGGAUAUAUCUAUGGCCUACGCUGCCAAGCACUGCAAAGUGCAAACUAACUUCCAGAUAAUCCA